GUCGCCGAGCUGUCAAAUCGAGAAAAUUUUCGUAUCGCGGUGGCAUCAUUCCGGAUUGUUUCGCCCAAAACGGUGUCCAUUUCGGGUCGUUCCGUUCGCUUCCGGCAGUGCAAAGUGCAGUUCGGGGGUCCGCCCUUCCGCGACGGUUGUUUUCGGGUGCGAAUUCGUGGGUUUUGAAGGGGAAAAAUCGUGUUGAGUUUUUGAGCUUGCGCCCGCGAAAUAUGUGCGAUUCGGUGCUGCGGGUGUCGAAAAUAAGAUGUCUACACCUGUGAAGCGCAAAAUUACACUCGAGCUCAACCCAAACAAGAAAGUGCUGCCGAAGGAUCGGCCCAGCGUGUUCCAGCGCCUCGGCACCAAGAAGUUUCCCCUGCCAGGCGGAGGAGGAGGUGGUGGUGUAGGAGGUGGCCCCUCGUCGUCGGUUUCGUCGACCGCGGCCGUCGGAUCGGGCCAGGAAGCGACCCUCAACAAGGAGGAGAUCGUCAAGCGCAUCGUCGGCUGCGACGAACCGCCCGAGCCGGUUCCCCCGCCCAAGAUCGUCCCGGAGAGCGUGUCGGCGCACGCCCGGCUCAUCGAAGCGCAACUUGCCGCGAAGCUUGGCAAGGUCAUCGUCAGCCGGGGCGAAACUAUCGGCGCUCCGCCGGCUCCGGUUCCACCGGUUGCGUCGUCCUCCGCUGCGGUCAGCACUUCCGGUCACGGUGUUUCUUCGUCCUCGACUGGUAGGAAAGAGUCGGAACCGGUUCGAGGUGAUCGGGGUGAGCGAGAUCGCGGCGGCCACACCGGCUCUAAGACGACGGGAGGAGAACGGGGCGGUGGUUCGGGGAAGGGCACUUCCGGAGGGGGAGGUGGAGGCGAGGGCUGGGAUCAAUCCAGUCUGGAGAAUGCUGAUCAGGACAUCCUAGAGCGGAAACGUAAGGAACUUCAGCACGAGCUCAAGCUAGAGAUGGACGCCAGCGGUGGAGGGGGAGGAGGGGGAGGUGGCCAUCACCAUCACCACCAUCAUUCGUCGUCGUCGUCGUCGGCGGCGUUGAAGCAGAAGGCCAGCAAGGAAACGCUGACGGUGGUGAAGAAGCGUCCGGUUCCGGUGCGCAAAGUGCCCGUUUCGCGCCGCCGCUCGUCGUCCAGCUCGGACAGCUCCAGCAGCAGCGGUUCCGACUCGUCCGACUCGGACUCGAGCUCCAGCUCGAGCAGUUCGUCGCGGGACUCGUCGGCGCGGCGGCCGGCCACGAAAAAGCGCGGCACGGUUCGGCAACGGCGCGGUUCCAGUUCCAGCUCGGAUGGCGGGGCGAAGACGAAGCUGGUCAAGAAGCACGUGAAGAAGGUGUCGGCGGACGGAACGAAGCGGAUCGUGACGAAGAAGGUGGCGGGGGGACACGUAACGAAGAUUCGGGUGAAGAAGGUGACCAGUCCGGGGGGGACGAGCCACUUGAGGAAGGUGCGGGAUGUGUCGCCCGGAGGGAAGGUUGGCACCAAGUACACGGUCAAGAAGGUGGUCGCGGUGAAGAAGGACAAGCUGGCGGUUGUGGUUGAUGCUAGGGAGCGGGUUCGGGAGAAGGAGCGGGAGAUGGUGCUGCAGAGGAAGCGCGAGUUGGCGAUCAAGGAGAAGGUUCCGUCGCGGAAGAGUCGCUCGCCGAGGUCGCACAUCAGGUCGAGGUCGCCGCGGUCGCGGCUGUCACCGCGUGGGUCUUCAAGGGGGCGUGAAAUGCUGAAGAAGAAGUCGCCGGAACCGGUUGCGCGCUAUCGCGAAGCUCCGGCCACCGUUGUAAGGAGAGCGGAGCGUUCGCCGGAUCCUCGGCUGGACGAUCGUCGUGGACGGCACGAAUCUGUUAAAGAUCGUGAUCGCGGACUUCGCGAGCGGGAGUUGUCUCGGGCUAAAGAGCGUGAACGGGAAGAGGCGUUGGCCCGUUGUCAGGAGAGACAGCGCGAGCGGGACCGGUUGGCGAGUGCUGGGAAGGAGCGCGAUCGUGCAGUUCCUCCGCCCGCACCGAGUUCCGGUUCCGGAUCUGUGAGUCGAAGUCGCGACCUGGACGGAGGUUUGGACAAACCUGAUCGUCAUCGCCCGGUGGAACGGCUGCUGCCUCGUCCGGCGGAGCGAGCACGUGCCCUAGCCGCGGCCAGAUCCCCAGGAAAGCACGAUCAUGACCGGAGUCGUACGCCGAACUCCCCGCGUGCAACGCGUGAUCGACUUCCACGGGAACGAUCGUACGAUCGUUACGAGCAUCAUGACCGGCGCAGCAGAUCUCAUGAGCGAGAAUAUCCGCCACCCCAGCAAACGAUCGUGCGUGGAGCUCGGGCCAGGGACAGUCCAUACGAGCGGCAUCCGCCCCCGCCGGCCCCGGCUGGGCCGAUUCGCCGUGACGACUACCGUGAAGAUCGCCCUGGUUACGAGCGUGACCGCGGAGGUCGACACGAUUACGGCCGUAACGAAUACCCGGAUGAUCCUCCGCCGAGACGUGACCACGUCGAGCGGGACUGGGGCGGUGAUCGUGAACCACCGCGGAACUUCGAUCGCCGGGGACCACCGCCGGAAGAUCGAGGAACGUGGGACCGCGGAGAUCAUCACGGGCCACCGCAGCACAGCCACGGACCUCCGCACGAUCAGGAACCGUACCAGCAGGGAUCGUCCCGGAACUGGGAGGACCAGCCACGCUGGAAGGAAGCGGACGGCUGGGUCAACGACAAAGAUCGUCCCGACUGGAAGUACGGCGAUCAACGCCCACCGCCGAAGCAGUGGGAACACGACGAUCACCCCGGUGGACACACCCACAACCACGGCGGAGGACGGCCGGGUCGCUGGCAAGGUCCCGACCAGAACCAGGGUCCCGGCAACUGGCACGGCAAACCCAAGGAAGACAUGGACUUUGGCGGGCCACGACACAAGCUGGCCGGCCGACUCGGCGACGUUCCCGACCGUGGGGGCAUGUUCCGUCGGCACACGCACCAGGGACCGCCCCCAAUGUAUCACCACGAUCGCAAGAUGGACCGUGGCGGUGGCCACAUGGACCGGGGAGGCCGCGGCGGACGCUUCGGACCACCCAACCGGUACAGCAUCAACCGUACUCAGCAAAAUCUGGCCAACCAGCAGAUGCAACACCAACACGAACAUCAUCAUCCGCACGGACCUCCGAUGCAACAUCAGCAGCAACCUUGCGGCGGUGGCAUGCCACCUUCCAACCCCAACGCACAACCCGUGAUGGCACCGCAAGUCCCGGAAGUAAAGGAAGAAAUUCCAUCGGCUGUGGAACCGCAGCCUUCGGCUGCAGCCCCCGACGCAGUCCCCCCAGCCGAUCAACCAACUCCACAACCAAUCGUGGCCGCUUCAACUGAAGAGAUGCCACCACCCAACGAAGAUGCCGAAAAGGUGCCCGACGAACCAGUGACUUCCGAAACUCCCGCUGAAGAAGGCGACAAACCCGCGGAGCCUGAGGCGGCUGUCGCCGCCGAACCCAUGGACGAGGACAACCUGUCGGAGAUCAGCGACGACCCGGACGACAUCCUGACCAGGGAAGAGGAGGAUGACUUUGGUGAGUCGGAACCGUUGGAGACGGUUGUGGCGGCGGCUGCGCCGCCCCCCUCUACCGCUUUGUCGUCCUCGAUGAUGAUUCCGUCGCAGGUGCUCCAGAACCAUCAGCAAUCUCAAGACGCGCAGAAUCAACCGUCGCUUCCCCCACGGCGUCCUUUUUUAUCUAAGGCCCGGUACAAAUCGUACGACGGGUGUAUCGGUGGGCCAGCGCCACCGGCGCUGCUGCUGCCCGAUCUGUACGCCAACGUUGACGACGGUGGUGGCGGGACGACGUUUCGCGUCGGAACGGGAGAAAUUGCCCUACUGAACGAAUCCGCUGCCGCCGCCGCCGCCACCGCCGACAAACAGUCCGCCGAGCACGGUGAAUCGUCGACCGCCGAUGGCUUGCCGCAGGAAGGUUCCGAACUUGGCGCAGCAGCGACAUCCGAGGAAACGGCCGCCCAGCAGCAUCCCGAUCCCAAGGACCCGAAGGUGGCCGGCAAGUUGCACGCCAACAAGGAACUCAAGAAGGACUUUGAGACGCUGGACUUUGAGGAGAUUUCCGACGGCGAGCUCGAGGAGGAGAACAAGUUCAAGGGUCUUGGCGACGCCCUGGGCGUGGAUUGGGCCAGUUUGGCGCAGGAAACGCGCGCCAAGCUGCGGCCCGAGCAGACCAUUCCGGUGUCGGCGCGCAACCGCUGGAAGGCGCACCACAUCCUGCUGGACAUUGGCAUUUCGGUGCGGCUGGCCGGCGAAGCGUACGCCCAGCGCGUCCUGACCGAGUCCAAGGAUAAGCUGCGCGAUGAGAUCCACGAGUUCAAGGCGGCGGCCGCGGCGCAGAAGCAGGCCGCGGUCAAGCGCGAAGAGGAAGCGCAGCAGCUGUUCCACGGGGUCAAGAUCAAGAAGGAGGUGCUGGACGAGGACGAACAGAAGGAGGUCGCCGAACGGGAGCAGCAGGCCGCAAUCAAGGAGGAGGCGGAAUCGGCGGCCGCCGCCGAAGAGCAAACCGAGCAGGAGGCGAACCUCGCCGAAAUGGACAAAAUCCUGCACCCGGUGGCGUCGGUGCACGUGGCUAUGCGCGAGCGAGCCCGUGCGCGUCGCAAUUUGAUCUUGCGCGCCGCCGGCCCUUGCAGCAGGGCGCUGAGCGCGCGCCGCGAUCUGGAGAUUCGACGCCAGCUGUGCGGAUUCCCGCCGCAGGAGUGCAACGAGCGGAUCACGGAGAGCGCUGCGGCGACGGCCGGCGCCAAUGCCGAGCUGCACGAUGCGGUGAUGAAGCUGUUCCAGGCUACCAUGCAGCCGGCGGCGGCGACGACGGCCAACAAGAUUGAAGUGCAGUAACGAGAGAGAGAGUGUGUGUGUGUGCGUGUUUAUCAGUUAAGAAGCUGUCUCUACGGUUAAAUUAGUAUUAUGCUAAAAUUGAAACAUUGUGGGCGCGAAGGUCGCCGAGAUCUUCCAGCCCAACAGAGAGUAGUAGAUCGUAAUUGUGUAACGUGAGUAGGUCAUCAGUACGCAAAUAUAAUAUAAUUGUAUGUUCUUUUAGUCCAAACUUAUCCGAUUGGAAGUUGCACACACGGUUCUUCGCUUUCAUAGUGUUAGAUCUGCACAGCUCCGUAGAUUGUCCGUUUGGCCUCCCCCAGGGCCUUAAUUUUCUCCAGAAGCAUGCUAACAAUUAAGAAGUUAAUAAAAGUUUUAACAGUAGUAAGCAAA